AUGGAGGAAAAGCUACUGCCGGGGAUUGUUACCAGAAAGCGGGAGAGGCGGUAUCCAUACCUUAAGAAUUGGGCCCUCCCAUCAAUAUGGACACUCCUCGCAUUACUCAUUCUCUGCAAUCAAUACAACCUAUACCCCAGAUCAUAUCCCUGCCGCAGUCCAAAGCCCCUCACAUACAUCGGCGAGCACAUAACCUGGGAACCAUGCGGCGACCUACACGGCAAAUCCCUCGAAUGCAGCAGCAUCGAAGUGCCAAUAGACCAAUUCGCAACAGAAAAACAAAACCCAACAAACUCCAAGAACUUCACAAUCCCACUCAUCCGCCUACGUAGCGAAAACGCAACACAAAACCUCCUCCUAAACCCCGGCGGCCCAGGAGGCAGCGGUUUCGAAUUCCUAUACCGCCGAGGCAACCAGCUCCAGACCAUCCUAGGCUCAGGUUUCCACUUACUGACAUUCGAUCCGCGCGGCGUGAACAGCUCAACACCCGCAGCAUCUUGUUACCCAGACGCCAAGACCCGACAAGAACAGUCUCAUAUUCGAGCGCGCGAUGCCGCAGCCGAUAGUCCCGAGAUCUACGCGUGGGCGCAGAAUUUUGCGAAAGCAUGUCCGGAAACAAUGGGCGAUUAUGCGCCGUACAUCAAUACCCCGCAGACCGCAGCGGAUAUGAAUAGUAUUCUCGAUGCGGUUGGUCAGCAAGAUAUGAUAUAUUGGGGCUUUAGUUACGGUACUCUUCUCGGACAGACGUACGCUGGACUAUUUCCCGAACGAUCGAAGCGCGUCGUUAUCGAUGGAGUCGUUGAUCAGUUCGUGUGGUACGAGGGUGUGAGUGAUUCUGAUGAAUUCAUCGAUACGGAUAAAGUGCUCGAUGGGUUCUUCGAUGAAUGCAUAAAAGCAGAGGCUGGUAGCUGUGCGCUCGCUUCGCUCGCAACGUCGAAAGAAGAACUGAGCGAAAUAGUCUUAUCGUUCAUGGACAAGAUCCGUCAUCAGCCGAUCGAUGUAUACAUUAACAACACCGUCUACGGAAUCCUAACCUACGAAAAAGUGUGGUACAACGGCGUCUUCACGGCAUUAUACAAACCUCCUCUAUGGUCAUCCCUCGCACAAAAUCUCUACAGUCUGAUCCAAGGAAACGCAACAACCGCUUUCCUAGCCUACAAUAUCGGAGAUGAACUGAACGACGAGUCCAACGAAUUCGUCACGCUGAACGACGGCCUCACAGGCCCAUCCCACUGGCCACAGAGCAAAGACGCGCUGUUAGCGCAGAUCACACCCUGGCUGAACCAGAGUCUCUUCAGCACCUCGUUUCUCACAUCAUUCUACCAGAAACAGCAGUGGACAGUGCCGAGGACGCAUCCGUAUGUACCGCGACAUGGGGUCGAGACCGCUCAUCCGUUGUUGAUCAUGUCGACUACCUACGACCCUGUGUGUCCGCUUGUCUCGGCGCGUGUGGCCAAUGAGGCUUUUGCUGGAUCUCGGGUUGUGGAAGUUGAGGGGUAUGGUCAUUGUUCUGUGGCUGUGGGUUCGGUUUGUGCUGCGAAGCAUGUGCGGGCGUUUUUGUAUGAGGGGAAGCUUCCUGAUGGGUAUACGCGAUGCAAGGUUGAUUCUGCUUAUUUUGUUAGUCCUGAUGAGAAUGGGCACAUGGCUGCCCAGACGUACUUUGAGGACCCGGAGGACCAGAACGUUCAUCUUGCGCAGUUGGAACUUAUGGCGGGAUGGGAGUUUGCGAGGCCGAUGAUGUGGUGA